UCACGUAGAUCCAAUAUAUUUUUUUACGCACACACAUAUUACGAUAAUUCCUUACAUUGUAUUACAUACCAUAUAAUCUUAUUUCACAAUGUAUAUAAAGUCCAUGGUGUUGGAAGGUUUCAAAUCUUACGGCAAAAGAAUCGAAAUUACCGGUUUUGAUAAAGAAUUCAACGCUAUCACAGGAUUUAAUGGAAGUGGAAAAUCAAAUAUUCUGGACGCUAUAUGUUUUGUAUUGGGUAUUACAAAUCUCGGGCAGGUACGCGCUACAUCUUUACAAGAGCUAGUAUACAAGUCUGGUCAGGCUGGCAUACAGAAAGCAACUGUUACGAUAGUAUUUGAUAAUCGUGAUCGCGAGUCAUCUCCAAUGGGAUAUGAACAUCAUAAAGAACUUAUAAUUACCAGACAAAUAAUAAUCGGUGGAAAAAAUAAGUACUUGAUCAAUGGGUCAAACGUGCCUAAUAAAAGAGUUCAAGAUUUGUUUUGUUCGGUACAACUAAAUGUAAACAAUCCACACUUUUUGAUAAUGCAAGGUAGAAUAACAAAAGUUUUAAAUAUGAAACCAUCAGAAAUUUUAUCUAUGAUCGAGGAAGCUGCAGGAACACGUAUGUACGAGAAUAAGAAACAGACCGCGCUAAAGACUAUAGAGAAGAAAGACAAUAGACUGAAAGAAAUAAAUGAUGUUUUACAAGAAGAAAUUGCUCCAAAGUUGAAUAAACUCAAGCAGGAGAGAUCUCAAUAUAUGGAAUUCCAAAGAAUGCAAAGAGAAUUGGAACAUUACAAAAGGAUAAACAUUGCUUGGAAGUAUACCACGGCUUUAAACCACAAUGAAAAGGCGGAAAAUGAUAUACGCUUGAUUAAAAAUACAGUAAAUGAAAAAAUAAAAGAUAUUGAUAACGGGAAAGAAGAGAUCAAAGAAAUUGACGAUAAAUUAGCCAAAAUUAGUAAGAUAAGAGAUGCGGAAUUUGGGGGAAGGUUAGAAAAGUUAGAAGGUGAUUUAAAAGAUGCGGAGAAAGUACAAUUUAAAGUAGCAGCCCGAUCUAAUAGUAAUAAAGAAGACAUUAAAGCUGCAAAAAAGGCGGCAGAACAAUUGAAAAUUAAUAUUACCGAGGACGAGGAAAUGUUGCUCGUUAAAGAAAAAGAAUUUGAAAAGGUUGGUAGCUUGUUUCAACAAUUAAAAGAGGAGGAGGAAAAAGAUUCUGAGGCAUUAAUGGUUGCCCAAGAGAAAUAUCAAAAGAUCAGUUCGGGAUUGUUACAAACCGAGGACGGUGAAAAUGCGACCUUGGAACAACAAUUGAUAUGUGCCAAACAAGGUGUAACCCAAGCGCAAACAGAACUCAAACAGUCGCAAAUGACGUUGGAUCAUGCUAAAAGUCAAUUGCACGUAAAAUUAAAGGACAUGCACAAUACGGAAGGUGAAUACAUAAAGGAUAACAAAGAUCUUGAGAAGAAGGAAAAGGAGUUGAAGAAUUUGGAAAACGAAUUAAAAAAGAUCAAUUGCAAAGAGGGCCACUUGGAAGAGCUUCAAACGCAAAAACAUUCGUUAAAAUGUGAUAUAAGAUCUCUGCAAGAGAAAAUAGAUCAAUUUGAAUUGCAAUAUCCUCAACUAAGGUUUCAUUACAAAAUGCCAGAUCCCCAUUUUAAAGAGAAUUCUGUUAAGGGAUUGGUAUGUACGCUAUUAACGAUUAAAAAUAAGGAUACCGCAUACGCUUUGGACGUGGCCGCGAGCGGAAAGCUUUACAACGUAAUAGUUGAUACAGAAAAUACGAGUAAAAGAUUACUGCAACACGGUCAGCUACAACAACGUGUCACGAUUAUUCCUCUUAACAAAAUAAAUGGAAGACCAAUGGAGCAACAUAUAAUCGAAUUUGCGGAAAAUUUGGUUGGCGCCGAUAAGGUUCGAUCGGCUUUGUCGCUUAUUGAUUUUCCGGAAGAAAUCAGACCUGCGAUGACUUGGAUAUUCGGACAGAUUUUUAUAUGUAAAGAUAUGGAAACCGCAAAGAGGAUAGCUUUUCAUGAAAAAAUAAUGAAAAAGUGUGUAACCAUAGAAGGUGACAUUUUUGAUCCUGCCGGUACAUUGUCCGGUGGUGCACCAUCUAAAACAGGAUCCGUUCUCCUUAAAGUAGAAGAAUUAAAGAUAACGCAGAAUUUAUUAAAACAGAAACAGCAACGUUUGGCGGAGAUCGAAAGAGAUCUAGUGAUCGCUCAGAAGGCGGAAGAACGGUAUGCGUCGUUGAAAGAACGAUUUGAUUUGCACAAGUACGAAGUCGAAAUGGUACGGCAAAGAUUACAGCAAACGACGCAUCACAAGAUUAAGGAGGAGGUAGAAUUAUUGAAGGCAAAUAUCGACAAGUUGAUAGAACGUAUGAAUGCGGCAAAAGCUUUGGAAAGUGAUAACGAAAGAAGGACUAAGGAAUUGGAAUGUCAAUUGAAAGACGCUAUAAAUAUUCGCGAGAAGCAAUUAAAGGAAUCCGAAAAUCUAUUAACGACCCUUAAAAGGAAAGCUGAAAAGAGUCGUGCCGAGUGGCAGAAACGGGAACAGGAGUCGGAAACGCUCGAAUUGGAGAUAAAAGAGUUAAAAAAAACUAUCGAAACUGGUAGAGAACAAUUGAAUAAGGCAAACGAAAAAUCGAUCGAGCUCCAUGAAAUCGCACGUGGUUUCGAAGAGGAACUCAAGGAAAGUAAUGCCACGGUAGAGCGUUUAAAAGCUAAUGUUAAAGAGCAAAAGCAUAUUAUAAAUCAACGGAACGAGGAUAUGCAAAAGUUAAAUGCGAGAAAAGAAGAUAUCGUCAAACUAAUCAACGAGGCGGAAUUGGAAAUAAAAAAAUUAAAUCACGAGAUUAAUACGUUCAACAAUUAUUCCAAAGAUUGCAAACAAAAAGUUGUCGAACUGACAAAAAAGUAUCAAUGGAUAGAAGAGGAUAAACAAUACUUUGGCAAAGCAGGUGGUAUGUACGAUUUCAACGUUAACAAACCAGAAGAAUUGGAUCAGAAAUUACAACAAUUGCAGAUACAGUGUGAUAAGUUGAGCCGUAACGUCAAUACACGAGCGAUUAAUCUCUUGGACAAAGAGGAAGAACAGUACAAUGAUAUGGUGAAAAAGAAAAAGAUAGUUGAAAGCGAUAAAAAGAAGAUACUCGAAACGAUCAAAUAUUUAGAUGAAAAGAAAAAGGAGACACUGCUAAAAGCUUGGGAACAAGUAAAUAGAGACUUUGGUUCAAUAUUCAAUACUCUGUUACCAGGAGCUGAUGCUAAACUUUUACCUCCCGAAAAUCAAACGGUGACAGAGGGAUUAGAAAUCAAAAUUGGAUUUUCUGGAGUUUGGAAAGAGUCAUUGGGAGAAUUGUCUGGCGGUCAAAGAUCGUUGGUUGCUUUAUCUUUGAUAUUAGCUAUGCUUUUAUUUAAGCCAGCUCCACUUUACAUUUUAGACGAAGUAGACGCAGCUUUAGAUCUUUCUCAUACAGAAAAUAUAGGUACAAUGUUGAAGAGACACUUUAAACAUUCACAGUUUAUUGUUGUAUCGUUAAAAGAUGGUAUGUUCAAUAACGCUAAUGUAUUAUUUACAACCAGAUUCAUUGAUGGGAUGUCGACGGUUACUAGAACAGAGAAAUCUAGAUCAAAGUAAUGAUAUUAAAGAAUGGUGCAACAUACAUACAUACA